AUGGACAGUUUUUUGGCUGAUAGACCUGAAGCCGAAGGAUUAGAGGAAAGCAUUGACACGUCUGGCGUUGUUAUUGCUUCAGUUUCAGAAAGUGGUAGGUUGAUGAUUUAUGCUUACUAAAUUGUUUAAUAUAUAUUAUAUUUCGACCGUGGUUUGGUUUUGAACGAGGUUUUUCUAAUUUUCUAGAGGACGACCUAAUGCAGAAAUAUGGCGAGGGAAAGAUUGUCGAGAGACAAUGCCCAGAAUGUGACGAAACGUUUGAACUGAGGACAGCUGGCACUCAUGUUGGUAGUAACAAUAGCAUAGCAGUAUUCUGUGACGAUGAUCCAAUGGUGUGUCCAUACUGUAAUUAUACAGAAGAAGGUACAGCUAGUGGGUAGCAAUAGGUCAUUGUAGGCGUACGGUGUAGGUAGGCUUAUUUAUGUUGACUUAAUAAUCAAUUCUGUUUUAAUACUUUUAUAGUUGAGCAGGAUGAUGAAAACAAAAGAUCACCUAACGCACCUACAACUCUUGCAUCUACCAAUGAUGAAGAUGACAAAAUACCCACAAUCAGUAAAAAUAAAUCUACUAGAAAAGGAAAACCCUCUAAAAUGCAAAAUGCAUUUACCAAUGCUAUGAAGGAGCACAAUACUUACAUGCACGAAUCAGACAAAAAAAUGUUGGCUGAAAUGAAGGAACAGGCAGAGAAGGAUAGAGAAUUAAGGAAGGAAGAGCUGGGUGCCUUCAAGGAUUCCAUGGCACUUCUUGCAGGUGUACUUGCAGGAAGAGCAAAACCAAUAACACAACCAGCACCAGCCAAUCAACCACCUUAUUACCCCAUUCCUUUGCAACAUGAUAUAACUAUUGACAACCAACAAACAUACUUUAAGCUUUAA